CAAUGUCUUCGGCGAACAGGUUGUGAUAUGUUCGUGAGUAGAAGCUCUUUUAGUGAACUAACGAAUUAUGUCAAUGUAACUUUCGUAUGGUAGUGUGUGUGAAACACACCGUUAAUUAUCGAAACAAAUUAUAUUUGUGUAGUUUGUUGCUAGACUUCUUUUGCUUCCCGAAAUCCACGGGUCUCACUGUGCGGUAGGUCAUGGCGGGUAGGAACAACAUUUCCCAUGCUCCUCUAUGUUGCCACGUGUCCACCCGGGGCGUCUUAAUUACGCCGAUUCCGUUCCAAAACGUUUCUUUAAACGGAAGGAAAUGGGUCUGGACCUACCCGAACGUGUCCAAUAUCGUGUCCAACUCGUUUUAGCUGUAAAACGUUUUACAACACUUUGGACUAAUGAUUACACCCCUGUUAGAAAGCUCGCUAGUCAUUAGCCAGCGUCAAGCCAAAGCUUUGCCAAUGUAACAAGAAAAUUGACACGGAAUGUCAGUAACCAAAGGCGUAUUGUGACAUUUCGAGGAAGAAUAUGACAAGAACAUCGAAAUCCGACUGCAAAGGAGAGAACCAUGAAGAAUGGAGAAGUUCGAUUGUAGAAUCACGACAAAAACAUUCUCUGUUUCAUGAGUAGCUAACUACUGUCAAAAUCUGGGGAAUAGCAAUACUCUUAUUUUUUCUGUGCAACCUUGAAGCUGUUGUCAUUUGCAACUUUUGAAAAUGAUGUAUUCAUCUAGAAGAAAACCAGUCCUCUAUUUCAAAGAAGACAGAAGCCUAUUUCUCAAAAACGUUUGAGAAUGCAGCUGGUGUAAAAUGGAUUGCAGGCAGGUGUUGAAGAUGGUUAAAGUAUUUCACAUCAUUUCUUGGUAUUGUUCAACCUCAAAGAAAUGAGACACCAAAAGUACCUCGUCCAGAAGAGCGUAAUCAAUUCUGGUCUGGGAAAUGCACUGUCUACAAACUAUUUGGUCUGUGUGUGGUUCUGGUACUGGUCUCCCUCCUAUGGCUCCAACUCAGCUGUACAGGAGACAUGGGCCGGGUUGUAGUGGAUGACAGGCGCCUCCAACAUCAGCCCUGUCCGCUGGACAGACAGGCAUCCGCUGCGGACGACCCUUCCUGGGGUCCUCACAAGCUGGCCCUCCUGAUACCUUUCAGGGAGAGGUUUGAGGAGCUGUUGGUGUUUGUCCCCUUCAUGCACACCUUCUUGAACAACAAGAAAAUACUGCAUAAGAUCUUCGUAAUCAACCAGAUGGAUCACUAUCGGUUCAACAGAGCCUCUCUCAUUAACGUUGGUUACACGGAGAGUGGUAACGACACCGAUUACAUCGCCAUGCAUGAUGUGGACUUGUUACCUCUGAAUGAAGCUCUGGACUAUGGUUUCCCAGAGGAGGGCCCUUUCCACGUGGCCUCACCAGAGCUGCACCCCCUGUAUCACUACAAGACAUACGUGGGAGGAAUCCUGCUGCUCACCAAACAGCAUUAUCACAUGUGCAACGGCAUGUCCAACCGGUUCUGGGGAUGGGGAAGAGAAGACGAUGAAUUCUACAGGAGACUAAGAACUGCUGGAUUACAGCUCUUCAGGCCCAGUGGGAUAAAAACAGGGUAUAAAACCUUUCGCCACAUCCAUGACCCUGCCUGGAGGAAGAGAGACCAGAAGAGAGUGGCUGCACAGAAACAGGAACAAUUCAAGGUUGACCCUGAGGGCGGGUUGACUAACUUGCAGUACAAGGUGGAGUCGAGACAGGAGCUGACUAUUAGUGGAGCCCCUGUCACUGUCCUCAACAUCAAACUGGGGUGUGACACGGACAAGACUCCCUGGUGUCUGUUGAACUAAGAUGGCCUCCAUGAUAGACCUAUGCUGCCUCUCAUCUGGGUUAUGUUCAUUAUCCAUCAAACGGAAGAAAACAAACUAAAACAGGGAGGGACUACCUGAGCUUCUCCAAUGAGAAACACUUGUUUUUGUGUGCCCUAAUGAAUAUGACCCUGGUGCUACAGAAGGGGUGCUGUUAGCCCCUGCUUGCUGUGCUACGUCGGGACAGUUUCUGGUCCUGAGGACAUGGCUAAAACAAACAACCGCACCAGGAGACAUGGGUACCAUAUUCUGGCCGGUCCAGAAAAGAGGCUUUGGCCUCUGACCUUUGAACCCAGCAACGCCUUCCCUCAUUGGAGAGAUGGAAUGUAUUUAUAAACUAGCUAAAUGAUGUUGUCCUUUAGAACUGCAGCGUAGCCGUCUGGCUUGCAUUCAGAACUGUGAGUGACUGGAUCUCAUGCAGGCCUAACAUCAGGGGCUUUAAACUACAGACGCUUUGCCAAUAUUGACGACACAUGAAAGGAAAGGUGUACUGAAAUCAUAAGCAAAGUCCUUUGUAUCUGUUUAUCCAGGGACAGACAAGGACCAACCCUGCUUAGCUUCGGAGGCCAACCAGCAGUGGGAUGUAGGGUGGUCUGUUGCUGGGUGUGAUACUAGUGGAUCAUUUUCAGGAAUCACUUUUCUGUCCUUCAGUUGAACUCUGCUGUACUGUCUGGCUUAAUGUCUUAUCAUCAGAGUUAGUUUACUAUGAAAGGGUUUUCUUUCUGAACUUGUAAUGCACCGGAUUGGCAUGCCACCUCCAUGAUACAUAGCGCUGUAUUCUCAUCCGGUAUCCAUUGUGACCCAUCAUGUAGUCAACUAGUAGUGAGUUGAGUAUCAGAGUGCCAUUUUGGGUUUGUUGUUGAUGGUAAAUCAGCUUUUAAGGUUUACAGUUUGUGCUUUUAGAACGUUUUCAGAGAACGACUUGAUAUUAUGAAAGUAUGUUUGGGUAAAUGAACAUAUGUUUAGGUAAUGUCAAGCGUAUGUUACAACAGUUUGGCCAUAUAUCAUACUGCUGCAAUGUCUUUUUGAAUGAUGGUACUGAAAAAUGUAUUUGUACAAUAUUCAGUAUUUAUAUAAAGUUAUGACUCAAAACCCCGGGAAAAA